CCUUGGGCUUCACUGCAAGGACAAUAUCUGUUUAGGCAAUAACGGGUGAACUUUCAUCAUGUUCCUUGGGCAUUCACUUUUGAACAGUGUAACCAUAGCAAAUUUCCUGCAAAAUGUGUUGCCGCCUGGACCGAAAGACCCACCUGGAGUUUUUAACAGAUCAUUGCGACGGUACUACGAUUAUAUUAUAGUUGGCGGUGGCUCUGCAGGGUCUGUGCUUGCUGCACGUCUGACAGAGGACAAAACAUCUGUCUUGGUUGUAGAAGCUGGUGGAUCUGAUUUGGAAAACGAAGCCACUGUUAUACCAGGGGCAUGGGUAACUCUCUUAAGGACUAAGCAAGACUGGAAUUAUCAUAGCGUUCCACAGAAAUAUUCAUCUUUUGCUAUGGAAAAAAAGCAAAUAUAUUUGGCCAGUGGUAAGAUGUUAGGAGGAUCCGGGAGUAUGAAUGGUAUGAUUAUGGUCAGAGGUAGUCGCCAUGAUUAUGAUGAGUGGGCAAGACAAGGAUGCAAGGGUUGGAGCUACGAAGAAGUUUUACCUUACUUCAAAAUGAUAGAAAAAAUUCAAAUACCAGCACUAUCAGGUUCACCUUAUAGAGGCACAAAAGGACAAAUUGUGGUGACACCUCAGAAAAGCACAACUUUAGAAUAUUUCUAUCGGAAAGCUGCUUCGGAAAUUGGUUACAGGUCUGUGGACUGCAAUGGAUAUAGCGAAAUAGGAUACUGUCCAACACAGGCGAAUAUAAAAGACGGUGAACGUUGUAGCUCAACUGCGUGUUAUCUUAGACCUGUUAUGCACCGACGUAAUCUACAAAUCAGUAUAAACAGCUAUGUAACAAAGGUACUUAUUCGUAGAAAACGCGCUAUUGGGGUACAAUUUGUGAAAGGAGGGCGGAAAUAUAAAGUUUAUGCUCGUAAAGAAGUCAUAAUGUCUGCAGGAGCAUUCGGUUCACCACAUAUAUUACUUUUGUCUGGAGUUGGGCCUAAAAAGCAUCUACGAAAGCUCAAGAUUCCAGUACAUGCUGAUCUGCCCGUUGGAAACAACUUACAAGAUCACCCUGUCCUUAUAAUGUCUUAUUCAAUCAAUACGACGCUGAAUACCAACGUAAACAAAUUUACAGAUCCAGAGAACGUUUUAGACUAUAUACUUCACAACAAAGGUUUUUAUACAACACCAUUAAUGGAUGGACUCAUGUUUGAUAAAUUGGACAAAACAUCGCCUUCAAAGUAUACAGACUCUCAGGAUAUCUUUGUUCCUAUUGCAUUUGAAAGACCAAGUGUUGUUAAUGCAUACAGCGACUAUAUCAACAAGGUAAAACAAGAACUUUUGACCCGAACAACUGACAGUUCAUUUGAUGUUGCUCUAUUUUUGUUGCAUCCAAAAAGCAAAGGAUAUGUACGACUGGCAACCGCUAAUCCUUUUAGGCAUCCUCUCUUGGACCCAAGAUUUUUAGCGGAUCCUUAUGAUAUAGAAAUGCUGCUAAAAAUGAUUCGUUGGACACAGCAACUUGAAAAGACUUCGUCAUGGCGGAGCCUUGAUGUUAGACUAAUUAGACUAGAUAUGGAAGGACACUGCGGAGAAUUAGAAUUCAAUACGGACAACUACUGGAGAUGCAUUAUUCGACAUUUUAUAGUAUCGGGACUUCAUCCCACAAGUUCGUGUAGGAUGGGUUCAAAAAGAGACCCAACUGCAGUUGUAGAUCCUACCUUAAGGGUAAAAGGUAUAAAAAAUCUGAGGGUAGUCGAUGCAUCUGUCAUGCGCAAUGUUAUAUCUGGAAAUACUUAUUCACCAACCAUGAUGAUUGCAGAAAAGGCAGCUGAUAUGAUAAAACGUGGAACCAAAUGUUAAAAUCUGACAAUACUGAAAGAUGUGUACUAAACAUAACUUUUACGGUCGAGUUAAUAGACUAUUUUCAUUUUAUCGACUUUUGACUCCGGAUUAUAGAACUUUUCGACUGGUUACAGAAUCUAUGGUAGGACAUCAUGGUACUCGGUUAAGGAAGAGCCAUCAAAUGUAGUAAAAUCAAACAUAUAAUCGGUGCAAUUUUGGGAGAAUGUUUACUGUUUACCGAUUAUUUUGUCGUGUUUAUAAAACAUAAAACAAUUAAUUUCCCCCCAGAAUUUUGCCGAUUGUAAGCAUGAUGUUACUUCCUUAUUUUGCUCUUACUUGACCGAGUACCAGACUGUCCUAUACUGCAGAAAAGGUAACCUGUCGAAAAAUAAUAAAACUCCGGAGACAAAAGUCGGUGAUAUGAAUAUAGUCUACUGUGGAUUCAUUAAUAUUCGUUGGAUACCAAUUUUCAUGGAUUUCAUGGGUACAGUAGGACCACGAAUUUAAACGUUCAACGAAUUACAAGUUUUCUAAAGGAAUGUAUGCACACUUUGCCAAAACAACGAAAUUAAAUAUCCACGAAAAUGCUAGUUUUCCUCAAUCCACGAAAAUUGGAACCCACGAAAAUAAAUGAAUCCACAGUAUUUAAAGAUGUGUCUUGUAACUGAUAACUGAAAGUAAAAUACACUAUUUUCUUAACUUUUA